UGGGGUGUGACACGCAUAUGGAGAUAUAAAAGGUGAGGACCGGUAGAUGUUAGGCCAUGAGACAACCCAGAAACCCAUUCAGUUUCGAGAAGAUGGCCACCACACGUGCAAUGUUGGGACUGUACCUUUUGUUUGUGACUCCAAUAGCCUCCCUUGAUCUCCUCCACUCCAGACGACUACGGCGGGACACGCCCUCGGUAUACAGCAAGAGCGAGCUGGCGGACAAACUGAAAGAUGUGUUAGAGAGAGACAGACCUGACUCACAGGAGAAGCCGCGGAGCUCCUGGGGCCUGGACGACGACCAUGGAGGCUUCAGAGCACUUUUCGACAACCUCGACGACAUCGCCGAGCACUUGCCCGAGGAGCUGACUGACUUUGACUUUGGCAGUUUCCUGGGCGACGAUCAGAAAGAAUCUUUCCAGAAGGUCCUGCAGAGCCAAUGCUUCAGAAAUUCCAGCCGUCUAAGCCUCUUCCUGCGGCAGGUCCACGAUGUGAUGAAGGAGCUGCACGAGGAGCUUCUGGAUAAAUCCCAUGACAACGACGACACGUCCCACGCCGGAAAUGACAACAGCAAGGACAGCGACGACGACGAUCAUCCCACGACGACGGAUGAUGAUGACGACAGGACCAGCCGCAGCCCUCCGGUCACCGAGGACACCGACGAGUCACACAGCGAUGAAAGUCCCAUGACCGCGUCCCUUGUUGCCAGCAACGACAACAGCAAAGACGAUGUGGACAUCGACGACAUUUUUGAAAUGCUGUCGGCGGAGAGUCUGGAGUGUGUCUCGGGUUUCCUCAACGAUGAGGACGAGAAAGAGCUGUGCCAACAGUUCUCCAAACAGUCUUCCCAUGUCUUCUCCAAGUUCGCAGCUGUGGUCGAAUGCACAAAACACAUGGACCGUGACGAUGAUCUUGAUGAUGGAGUUCAAAGGGCACUGUUGACUCGCCUACUGGCCAAGCCUCUGUCCACCUGGACGUCCCAAGACCUGCAGCACGCUCUCUCAGUCUCUCCGGAUGCAAUCGACGACGAUUUCCUCGAAGACCUCUCUGAUGAUCUUUUUGAAGAAAAUUUGUCUGCACUGAGUCGCCUAGCAACACGAAGAGGAGCGAACCCCAGCCUUCAAGUGGCUCUGAGACAACGGAUCCUGGCCGGACAGCCGAUGGACCAUCUGGACGCCAAGCAGAUCAGCGGCCUGGGCAAGGGGCUCCUCGCUCUCAGCGACGAUUCGCUUGACGAUCUUGACCCACAGGAGUUGUUAAAUGCCGAUCUCUACGACAUUUUUGAUGAUGAUGACGAUGAUGACGAUGACAGCUCUGAGCAUGAUAGUAGAAUUGAUGACGAUGAUGACGACGAUGAUGAUGAUGACUUAUUUGUCGGCCGACGAUUGGCCAUCGGUCAUCGCAUGAUGCAGGCGCCGAUAAACGGAUCACAACAGCUGGCAAAGGUCGUUCGUUUCCUCUACGAUGAUCUGGACUUCAUUGAAAAUGUGGAUGCUGACGAUUUGCUAGAGGCCGCCGCCGACCUCAAAGGACUGGACCUCGAUGAUGACGAUGCCGCCAUCCUGCUCAGACGCAUGUCGCAGUCCCCGAAGUUCCCGUCCCUCACACAAGUCACGGUCCCGGAGAUGGUGCGCCUGAAGGCCGUGCUCCCCGGCUUGACCCCGACACAACUGCAGCAGCUUCCUCGCCAGGUGGUCAAAGAUGCCCUGGACACCCUCAAGGACCUAGACUUCGGGGAAUCGCAGGCCCGCGAGCUUCUUGACGACGUCUUCGAUGAUGAUGAUGAUGACGAUGACAGCGAUGACGAUGAUGAUACUGAUGAUAAAAAGGCGCGACAUCUGUCAGUUGAGGACUUCCGGCGUAUCGGGGCCCUGGCACGCGGUCUGGACGCCGACGACAUUGAAGAUCUCGACGACGAUGUGGUCAGCAAGGUGAUCGACGACAUUGACGACCUUGACCUCAGCGAUGCCCAGAAAAGGCUCUUCGUGGAAAAGGCGAGACAAGCGAUGCUGAAGAACCCUGGCGCCGUGUCCCUGAUCCAACUUCCUGGCCUCGCUAAUGCUGUCAGUAUUGACGACAUCGAUGACUUGGACGAUAACGAGGUCGUGAAAUCUCUCCAGGUCUCGUCAAAAACUAACUGGCGAGCCGCUCAGGCCGCCACACUCGUGGAGAAGGUCAAGAAGUCGCUGGGCGGCCGUUCCCUCCGUCCUUCUGACGUCACCAGGCUCGGAACUCUCUCGCGCGGUCUGCUGCCACGUGACCUGGACGACAUGGUGGACCGCCCGGAUGACGUCGACGAUCUGGCUGAUGUUCUGGGAGACCACGAAGACGAGCUCUCUUCGGGAAUAGUUGACAACAUCGUAGAUAAAAUCCGCGACAAAGACGACCUCGACGACUUAGGUGAUAUCAAAGUAACUGCCAGCUACGUGGCGCAGAAAGGAGUCUUCCUCGCCUAUUUAUCGCCCAAUGAGUUCAGUUCCCUGGAGUUUGACGACGAUGCCAAGAAAGCCUUCGUAGCCCUCAUGUCCAAGAUGAACACGGCCAAACUGCCCAGAGACCAGCUGGAGUUCCUGGCGGACGAGAUAUCGGACAUGAUCGACGACAAACAGGAGGACGACCAAGACAAAGCUAGUUCCAGACGACUGCGGCUGCUGGGCGGGAUGGCCUUGGGUUUGACCCCAGAACACAUCAAAGAGUUCAGUGGGCGGGCGAUCAUGGAUAACCUGGGUCCUCUUGGAGUUCUUCCCUUCACUCGCCUUCAAGCACGUGCAAUACUUGACAAGCUGGACGAUGUUGACCCGGAGUGGAAGUGCAAGACCAGCAUAGUAGCCAGUGCUGGACCCCUGCUCCAGUUUGCUGAUGACGAUAAACUCGAGACUAUUUGCGAGAAGGCGCUGGCCGCCAGCUUCUCGUCGAUCGAGCGCCGCCUGGAGCGCCACCACGAGCUGGUGGAGGAAAGGUGGGAGGAGGGCUUGUGGCGCGAGGACACCCCCGACACACGUGACACCCCCGACGAUACAGACCUGUCUGACGUCAUGGAUGACGUAAUCGAUGACGUCACGGAGGAUAGCGAGGGCAAAAAGCGUCUGGUCACGCGCAUGUUGGCAGCUGCCACGGUUACCUCCCUUUCUUCCAACAAAGCUUCAGGCAGACGUCGCAGAGCUACGACGGGAGACUUGUCGUGCAGCGUGCUACGUCAACUGCGACAAGAUGUGGUUCUUGUCGGUGUAGACCGGGUGGCAGGGAUGUCAGACCAGGAGUUCAAGGACUGCCUGGAGUUCGUCGGAAACGCCAGCAACUGGGCCGACAAGGACCUGGCCGUCCUGCUGGCCCGCGCAAAACAGGUCCUCGGCAACUAUUCAACGUGGACUAACGAGCUGGUUCGGCGAGCCGGGGUACUGGUGGCGGCGAUGGCUGCCGAAGAUAUUGCUAAACUGAAGCUAACCGGGGUGGACAGCCUCAACAGCAUCGGCAAGCACGGUCGUCUCAACGAGCAACAGCUUUUGGCAGGUUUCACCCGCUGGCUGGAACUGAAGAAAAAGAACAACAUCACGGCUGUAACAGCUGGAGAAUUCUCGUCCUUGUCUGAAUUUGUGUGUGGCCUCUCCGUGGUGCAGAUAUCUGAGCUUCCAGUAUAUGUGUUCAAGCAGUCGCUGGAUGUCCUCGGCAAGGCUCGAUCGUGCAACGCCCAGCAGCUGGGCGCCUACGUGUCGCGAGCUCACGAUGUCUUCGGGAAACGGGUGGUCACCUGGUCUCCAGCUGUCGUCGGUGACAUGGGCCACCUGCUUGGUGGCCUGUCCUCAUCCAGUGUGCAGGAACUGGCUGGUCAUCAACUGGCCCUCAUUCAGCCAGGCGUCAUCUCCAGGUUGCCGGUGGACACAGUAAAAGCACUAACGGUGGCACAGCUAAAGCAGCUCAGCACCAACCAGGUGAACUCGCUUCGUCUGGCGCAUUACAACGCUCUGAGUAAAGACCAGCAGGCAGUCUUGGAUACCAAGGCAACCGUGUCCUUCCAGAAAUCCUCCAAAGUACCAAGUAGCAGCGUGACGUCAGACACGGGUAUAGUGAGCUCUUCUUCCGAAAAACCACAGACAUCCUCACAACAGCCUGGAGAAAAUGCUCGAGAUACUGUAACACCUGGUCGACAACAGUCGUCCGGUGUCCUGCAAACAUCCUCCCCGGCAUUGAGUCGCGAGGAAGUUUCCAGCUCGCAGACUCUGGCAUCUGGUCAUUCGUCAAAUACGAAUGUCGAAACCUUCACAACCACCACAAGGACAGUUGGACAAAACUCGGAGUCAGAUACAAAGAAUGAGCGAGCUACUCCAGCUUCAGAGAAGCAAACCUCGACGAUUCCCAAAGCGCCUCAGACCACGACCCCGUCUAAAGUUAACGCAAACCCGUCAAAAGAUGUCGCAGUUAACCCUGGUGGUGACCUCACGACAUCCACGACAGUUACAUCCGAGCCCAAGACGGCGGCUGGAAAUCCCGUGACGGCGGUAAAACCCGAGAACACGAAGCAGACGGAAGCAGGCGAGAAUGAGGCCUCGAAAGUGGCAGGGUGGAACUAGUGGUCUGGUCUGGAGUCUCACCACGCUUCUUUUGGCUGUCACGGUGAACCUGCUCUUACGAUGAUCUACAGACCUGAGUCACACGUUGCGCUCCUCUCUAUGUAACUGUACACCUUGAUGGCUUCCCUGUUACAAAAAGAAAUGUGAGACUUGGGGGAGAAGGGUUGAAGUCAGAGGACAUUGUGGCAACGACUUCAAGAGAUAGCUAUACUGCAAUGCCACCAUGAUCCAUUGAGUGUCUGGACAACUGUGAAACGAUGUUCUUUCUGCUUCAAAUAAUUUGGAUCGUUCCUUUUCGCUCUUUAGUUUAAAUUUUUUUUAAAAAUAUUGUUGUCACUACCAUCUCGCCAUUUAUCAGAGACAACCGGAAUUCUAAAUUUCCAUUCUUUUAAGAUUUUCAGAAAGCGAUAUUAAACUGAUGUUCUUUUAUAUUUUAAUAUGUUUCUGUGCAAACGAGAGUGUCUGUGUGUCUGUAUGUGUAGGCACCUGUAUGUGUAUGUUUCCUAUUUGAUUAAAAAAAUUUACUUUCAACUUCUUUAGUUGAGUUUGUUAUAAAAAGUACAAAAAAAUGUGAUGUUUUGUCACUGUGGUUCAGUUGUUCAUAGCAAUCCUUUUUAUUUAGAAACGCUGUUUUCAACUCACCCUCUGUUUAGGAAAAAUAAUUAUAGCGCUCAUCAAAGUUAACUACUUGUGAGAUCGACUUUCUUGAAGUUCGUUUUAUUGCGACGUAUCGAACAAAAAUAUACUAAACAUUGUACGUGAUGGUAUUCCAUAAUCACCUAUCCAGUUCUGCUUCAAAAUUUUUCAGAAUUAAAUAAAUCUUGUACAACUUCUACAGCAACUAAUGAAAACAGAAAGAAUAUACACUGUAAUUAAACUGAACUCUUUAGGCUUUAUCAGUUUGUGAAAAACAAUCAGAUGUCUACAGUGGAAAUAAAAGAAACAAAAAUAAUGAACAGCUAUGAUAUUAUCACAUAUAUGCGUCUCUCAGUCGUAUUUUGAAUGAAACAAUUAAUGUGUCUUUAAUCAUGUCGAUCCUUAUUGAGUCUGGAUUACAAUGAGUACCAGCCAGCAUAAUAACAAUCAACUUGUCAUUUGCUCUCGUGGUUAUGGAUUCUUUUAGUGAAUCACCUUGUUUUCAUUACUCCUAAAUGUCAUGCCUUUUCGGAUCGUUGUUAAUGCCUUCACGAUGGAAAUAAACAAUUUCUUCGU